AUGGACUCAUACAACUCCAUAGUCAAGGACCUCAGAAAAGACGCCUAUUCCGUCAAGGGUCGACUCCAGUCCAUAAUAUACGAUAACAGGUUUGUAUCCACGUUUGACAAUUAUGCUCUCGUCGCCAAUGAACGCUGUGGCCUCUGGUACGUGCAACCUCAUCAGAUCCAUGCAUCUGUCUAUUUCAAGUCAACAGAUGGACAUACUGGCCAAUGGAGGUUCUCUCUACGAAGAUUGAACUUCAAUUUGCUUCCAAUAUUGGGUCGAAACGGAACGGUGGUGUUGGUGGACUCCACACGCAAAGGUAAGUUGAUGCCUGAUGCUCUACUGAAAACCGCACCUAUAUGGUGUGCUGUGCUUAACUAUAUAUUGUUUGAGGACCAAAGUGACGACCUGGAGGUUCCUGAGGUAUUUAAGAACUUACAAAAGGACAAUUGGUUGGCUACUCCUCGAGAAAUGGUUUCGGAGAGCGAGCACCAUGCCAUUGCCCAGAAGAUUCCUGAGUUUGCACGAGAAGUGACCAAGCUCCAGCUUAUUACCAAGAACGAAAUCACAAAGAGACUAGGGAAGAAAAUGCCUAUUGUGCCUCAGUGGCAGUAUCCUGGAAAAGAGGCCGUAGAAGAGAGAAGUGAUUGCUUCUCAUUAUGCUGUUUGACAGCCUCAGCCAGGGAAGUGAAACCGAGGGACUGGCCAUAUUCCUUUCCAUAUAUUCAAGGAGCAGCAGAUGACCAUGAGCUCUGGGCCACAAAGGAGAUUGCCCAAGGAAAAUUGGACCACGAAGUGUUUUGGGAAAGAAUAUACUAUGAACCUGAGGAUGACGUCAGAAUAGUGGAUAUGGCUACUGGAGAUAUCUAUCCAUGGUUGUCGGAGGAAGAAAUGAUUCUGAGGAUCAACAAGAUUUAUGAUGAUGACUCGGAGGAAGGGCAAUUGAUGGUAGAGACAAAACCUUUGGGAGACACUGGAUUGUUCUUGGGCAAAAUCGCAGACAACAUUCCACUAAAUUUAUUGAAGGGUAGUAUACCUGAGCUUGCUGAAAUCAUUCUACUUUCGCCUAAUUACACUAUUGAGAUUCCAGAGCCAAUUAGUUCGAAAACAGAGAGUUCUAUAAUAGAUGGUAAGAGUGAGGAAUGCAAGGAAGUCUUGAAUCAUGAUCGACAACAAAUUCUAGUGAAAACUUUCAAGAUUGAAUCUUCUAAGAAAGGAGCAAAGGAACUACGUGGAGUAUUAUCAGAUAUAAUUGCACACUAUAACCCACAAAAGAAGGUUUUGGUGCUUUGUGAGUCAGGAACAGACUUGAGUGCUGGAAUCUGUCUCUGUUUCCUCAGUAGAUGGUUUACGUUGGAUUGGAAGUCAUCCGAAAUGCCUCUACAUGUUAACAAAGACAUCAUCAAACAACAUCUCAGCAAGAUCCAGGAUUUCCACAAUGUGAAUCCUAGUCGGAAUACCUUGCAGAGUGUGAACAGCUGUUUAAUGGGAGGACGAAUAUUACAGUCUGCCUCAGGUGACUCUAUGUACAGAAAAUUACAUCUUUUCCAUGGGUAUCAUCUCAGUCUUAUCUGUCGUACUGCGAGUCUUCACUUCCAAAUCUUUAAUACUUCUCUUUUCAUUAUGGUGAGAUUUCUUUGUCUACCUGGAUAUCUUCAGAGUGGCAAGGUUUUUGCCGAGAAGUCGUCAGGCUUACGCAAAAUCCUAACCAAGAAACUCAAUUACGAAUUGGACUACAUAGAUCCACCUACAAUCAUCAACACCAAAGAAGAGCUUCCAUUUCAAUUGGCAGCUGAUGAAGCCGAAGCCAACGAGAAGUGGAAUCUGAUUGUGGAAAAUAACUUGAAUAGGUGCUGGUGGGUCCAUACUGAGGAUGGCGAGUAUAAAGGCUUCAAGGAGGCUGUGGAGUACAUGGUUCGUCUCAUUGAAGAGAAAGGACCAUACGACGGCAUCAUUGGAUUUUCACAAGGUGCUGCCAUGAGUGCAGUGAUAACUAACGUCAUUGGGAAGUUGGCUCCAAAUCAUGGCUACUUCAAAACAGCUGUUUUGUUUUCAUCAUUUGCAUUUACUUUGCCUGUGGACAGUGAAGAGACCAUGCUGGAGAUUAACGCGGAGAUUAAAAAUUUGGAUGAAUACUCCAAGAAAGUACAUUUAGUACCAAACUACAAGGACUACUUUGCUCCUCCUCUGGAAUUUCCGACCACAGUGGCAUCUAUUUUUGGUGCCGAGGAUGCCGUGGUUCCUCCCGUGAGAUCUGAGUAUCUCAUGUCUCUUUACCCUGAGCGCAGUGUAGUGAAGUUUCAGCAUGAUGGGGGCCAUUAUUUGCCAAACAAAAAGGUUUUCCUCAAUCCUAUUGUGGAGACCAUCAAAAAUGCUGUGGAGCUGAAGGCUAGUUUGUAG